CAGUUUCAGCUGCCUGGGUUGCAGUCUGGUGAGAGAAAUCAUGGAGAGGGCUUUGGUGCAAAUCGCCCUCUUUGGGCUGCUGCUGACUUUGGUUACCACACUACCAAACAAGGACGACUGGGACAUCUACAGCUUUCAUGUCAACUCCACAGUGACCAGUCGUUAUGCCACCACUGUCAUCACAAGCCGUGUGGCCAAUCGUAUGGACGAGUCAAAGGAAAUAGAAUUCCACGUCCGGAUUCCCAAGAACGCCUUCAUCAGUAAAUUCAAAAUGCUUAUAGAUGGCCAGGAGUACGAUGGGGUUGUGAAAGCUAAGGAGCAAGCUCAGCAGCAGUACACUGAGGCUGUGUCCCGUGGCCAAAGCGCUGGACUUGUCAGUUCUGUAGGGAGGACCCUUGAGGAAUUUAAGACCUCCGUGACUGUGGCUGCAAACAAUAAGAUCACUUUUGAACUCACAUAUGAGGAACUGCUGAAACGCAAGCUCGGCAAGUACGAACUACAAAUCCACGCUCGACCCAUGCAGCCUGUCAAAGACUUCAAGGUUGAUGUGUACAUUCAUGAGAAAGCCGGCAUCGAUUUCAUCGAGGUUAAAGGAGGACUAAGCACCAAAGCCCUCGCUAAUGCCAUCACCAUAACGCAUGAAGACAAACAGGCAUGGGUGCAUUUCUAUCCGACAGAGGACCAACAGAAAACAUGUGACAGCUGUGGAGAUCAGGGUAUGAAUGGAGAUCUGGUUAUUGUUUAUGAUGUCAACAGGGACACCUCACUUGGAGACAUUAAGAGAUCAGCUGGGUACUUUGUUCAUCACUUUGCUCCAUCUAGUCUUCCCCGCAUACCAAAAAAUGUUGUUUUUAUUAUUGAUCAAAGUGGCUCCAUGUACGGCAGAAAAAUACACCAGACCCGAAUAGCUUUAAUCCAUAUCUUGAAUGACCUGGCAGAAGAUGACUUCUUCGGUCUCUUCACUUUUGAUAGCAGCAUUUUUCACUGGAAACGAGAACUUGUUCAGGCAAACAAAGAAAACCUGGACAGUGCUAAGAAAUUUGCACAGGAUAUUGAAACUAGAGGAGCCACAGACAUUAACAGAGCAGUGUUGGAAGGAGCACGUAUGCUGAAUGCACAUCCCAGAGAAGGUUCAGCAUCUAUCCUUAUACUACUCACCGAUGGAGACCCAACCGCAGGGGUGACAAAUCUUGAAACAAUACAGUCAAAUGUAAGAGGGGUUAUUGCUGACAAAUUCCCUCUCUACUGUCUUGGUUUUGGUUUUGACGUCAAUUUUGAGUUCCUUGAGAAGAUGUCGCUGCAGAACAAUGGUGCAGCCCGACGGAUUUAUGAAGACUCUGAUGCUGAUUUACAGCUGAAGGGUUUCUAUGAAGAGGUGGCCACUCCUCUGUUGACAGAUGUGACAAUGAUCUAUGCUGGUGCGCACAAUCUAACCCAGACUAACUUCAGCCAGUAUUAUAAUGGCUCUGAGAUUGUGGUGGCCGGUCAGAUCACUGACAACGACAUCGAAACUUUCAAUCCACAAGUUGUGGCCAUUUCGAGGAAUACAAGGGUGGUGUUUUCUGACACAAACACUGGGGAGUCAACUGGAACAGUUUCUGACAGCCACAUCCAGAGGGUUUGGGCCUACCUCACAGUCAAACAGCUUCUAGAGAAAGAGCUGCAGUUUUCUGGACCUGAAAAGGAGAAUGUGAAGAAAGAGGCCUUGGAGCUGUCGCUGAAGUACAGCUUUGUGACCCCACUGACAUCCAUGGUGGUUACCAAGCCUCUGGGGGAGAACACGGAUGUGCUCCAUAAACCCAAAGAAGGUGCAACACCACAGGCACAGCAACCUCCUGCAGGAUCUGUGCAGUUACAUGGAUAUGCAGGUGCCUUUCCAGCAGUGCUCGCUGAUUUGAAUCAUUAUGAUGAUCCCGUUGGUGGUCCCAUUUUUCAAGUAGUGGAUUCCACUGCUUUUCUACAAGAAGAACGCAUUAGCGAUAAAUCUACAGCUGCUCAUCCUGGUUUUGAUUCUUUAAGUAUUGUAGUGGCUCACGGCAAAGUGCAAGAAACAGCAACUACUGUUCCUCUUAUCCACAGGUUUUUGCUAAAAACUGAGACUCGGUCUCUUCCAUUAUGCUUUGAUGUCACUGGAGAUGUCCGCCUUAAACUACUACACCAUCCCAACAGGGAGCUGUCUGUGAAUGGUGAGCUUGAUUCAGUAGCGUAUGGAGGCUUCAAAAGGAUUGUCAUCCACUUCAAAGCUGACCUGCAUAUUGAGGUUGACACCCAGAGAAUCACUGUACGAGAGGGACAGACGAUGACACUGCACACGGGACAGGAUCUCAUCACAGCUGGAAGUUUGACAGUGAUUAGGCGGGACAAGGAAAUAGAUGUUGCAGCUGGAGACACACGCAUGGUCAUCUUGAUUCAUAAGCGAGGUGACAAAGAAUUCAUCUGGCCGGUUUUAAGACAGAAGCCAUCAGACAACAACAUUUCAGGAAUUUUAGCUUUAAAGCCAGCAGUUUAUGAGGAGAUGCAGCAAACUCCUUCAACAAAACUUAAGAUCAAAGACCAGGAGAUUGAUGUUACCAGAUCUAAUGCUGUUGACUACAGUAUUGUCUCUGCCCUGACACUGGACUGCUGGUUCAUGUCUGCUGAGUCUGCCCUGCAGAGACGACUGGAUGAUUUCAUUGUUACACAACUUUAACUGGGAAACAUGUUGAAUCAAUUGCAAAUAUGACUUUCUUAGAUCUCUUUAAUGUUUGCAAUGAAAGUUUGGUGUAUGGUUGCUUUAGCUUGUUGUAUCACUUGUUGUAUGUACUGCUUUUUCACAAAAGCAGUACAUACUUCCAGACAGAAAUAAUAAAUUCAUCAACAUAUUA